AUGGAGCACCAGCACAUUGACAAGGUCGGCAAGUCGCACCUCAUGAUGGCCUGCGAGAGAGGCGACCUCGCCGAAGUCCAGCGGCUCCUCCCGUCAGCCCACCUUACAGCAACAACGCGCAGCACUGGACAAACGGCGCUCCACGUAGCGUGUAUUCAAGGCAGCGUCCCCAUCCUCCGCGCCUUGCUCGAGGUCGUUCCGGACGUCAACGUCCGCGACAAGGCUGGCGCGACAGUGCUGCAGUACGCGAUCGUCAACCGGCGCGAGUCUGCGAUCGCCGCGCUCCUGGACACGGCCGGCGUCGACGUGGACGCAGCCGAUGCGUCGGGCAACUCGGUACUCCACUACGCGUGCAACUGCAACAACGUGGCCCUCGUCAAGGCGCUCCUUGCGCGCCCCUCCCUGGACGCCACGCGCUACAACAAGAGCGGCCUCUCGGCCCUCCAUGUUGCGGCGCAGCGCGGGUUUGAAAGCUGCCUCCAAGUGCUGUUCGCAGCUGGCGUCGUCGACGCGGAUGGCCGCACGUGCUUGAUGCUCGUCCAGAACGCGGUCGAGACGGCGCGCCUCCUUGUGGCGUACCCGGCGCUGGAUGUCAAUGUCGCGAGCAAGGAUGGCGCGACAGCGCUCGCACACGCGUGUCGCGGCAACCACGAGGACAUGAUUGCGUAUCUGCUGACGAUCCCACGUGUGAACGUGCACGCA